AUGAUAGCUUACAUAGAGCCAUACUUCUUGGACAACGACGCCGACGCCGGAAAACAUACCGACGGCGUCUCCGACUCACUCAACUUACAGGGGGAAAUCUUAUGCGGCGACGACGCGGCGGAUAUCGCCGGGAAGGAUUUUGGCGGCAUGAACUCUGUGAAGCCUCUUGCCGUGGUGAGGCCGGUGGGGUCAGAGGAUAUCGCCAGAGUGGUGAAAGCAGCUCUGAGUUCCGAUAAACUCACGGUGGCGGCGCGUGGAAACGGCCAUUCUAUCAACGGUCAAGCCAUGACGGAAGGAGGACUUGUCGUCGAUAUGCGUUCCACGGCGGAGAAUCAUUUCGAGGUUGGUUUUUUAUCCGGCGGCGGCGGUGGUCGAGGGACGGCGUUUGUCGAUGUCUCCGGAGGGGCAUUAUGGGAAAAUGUAUUGAAACGAUGCGUUUCGGAGUACGGUUUGGCGCCAAGGUCGUGGACGGAUUAUCUCGGGUUAACGGUAGGCGGGACGUUGUCGAAUGCCGGCGUGAGUGGACAAGCGUUCCGUUACGGACCGCAGACGGAAAAUGUAACGGAGUUAGACGUUGUCACCGGAAAGGGAGACGUCGUAACUUGCUCGGAGAUGGAGAAUUCGGAGCUCUUCUUCUCUGUUUUAGGUGGUCUUGGUCAGUUUGGUAUCAUCACCAGAGCUAGGGUUUUGCUACAGCCAGCUCCAGAUAUGGUGAGAUGGAUAAGAGUAGUAUACGCCGAGUUCGACGAGUUCACUCGGGACGCCGAGUGGCUGGUGAGUCAGAAGGACGAGUCAUCGUUCGACUACGUGGAAGGAUUCGUAUUCGUCAACGGUGAUGACCCGGUCAACGGAUGGCCUACGGUUCCGCUCCAUCCAGACCACGAUUUUGACCCGGCCCGACUACCACAAUCAUCCGGGUCGGUUCUCUACUGCCUCGAGCUGGCUCUUCACUAUCGGAACUCGGACUCAAACUCAACCGUCGACAAGAGAGUGGAGAGGUUGAUCGGACGGCUAAGAUAUGAGGAGGGAUUCAGGUUCGAGGUAGAUCUGCCUUACGUUGACUUCUUACUGAGGGUAAAACGGUCCGAAGAGAUCGCGAAGGUGACCGGCACGUGGGAAACGCCGCACCCUUGGCUUAACCUCUUCGUGUCGAAGCGUGACAUCGGAGAUUUCGAUCGGACGGUUUUCAAGGAACUUGUCAAGAACGGAGUCGGUGGGCCCAUGCUGAUCUAUCCACUCUUGCGAAGCAGGUGGGAUGAUCGGUCAUCAGUUGUUUUACCGGAAGGAGAGAUAUUCUACAUCGUGGCAUUGCUUCGGUUUGUGCCAACGUGUGCAAAGGCUUCAUCGGUCGAGAAAAUGGUAGCUCAAAAUCAAGAGAUUGUUCAUUGGUGUGUGAAAAACGGAAUCGACUUCAAACUCUAUCUUCCUCAUUACAAGUCUCGAGAGGAAUGGAUUCGCCAUUUUGGAAACCAAUGGUCGAGAUUCGUUGAUAGGAAAGCUAUGUUUGAUCCCAUGGCUAUCCUUUCACCGGGUCAAAAGAUUUUCAGUAGAGCUCUUUGA